AUGGGGGAAUGGUUUAAAGAGGCUGAGUACGUGGUGCAUGUAGAAAAUAUUAUAAAGGAGGUGAAGGAAAAUACAGUCAAGUUCGCGUAUAACGAUGCCGUAUAUAACGAUAUUCCGGGUAAAACGAUUCCAAUCAAUGUAUUUGGUUGGUUUUAUAUGUUAUGUAUAAUACUUUUAUUCGUAUAUAACGAUAUCGGUUAUAACGAUAAUCCGGAUAUAGCGAUGUUAUUUUAAAACGAAAAUUGGUUUUUAUAAUUACCCAUAACGAUUAAUAAUAUGCAUGUACAUUGUACAUUGUGUAGUAAAUUUGAUUUCGUCCAAAUCGAUAAUUCUUAAUCUUAUCUGUAACAGAUAACGUGUCUUGUACGACCGUAUUGUAUAUAGAAUACUUACGUUUCUUAGUCGUUUAGUUGCCGUUUUGAUUGCUAUCCGUUUAGACAUGAUCCGAAUAAAUUAAAAAUGUCAAAUAAAAGAAGACGCUGUUUCACUAUUGCUGAAAAAGUGAAAAUAAUUGAACGUUUAGAAAGUGGUGUUUCUAAUAACCGACUGGUUAAAAGAAUGGGAUAAGCAACUAGCAAAGGAAAAACGACAUAUUCUAUUGACUGUAGAUAAUUGUCCGGCUCAUCCUCCUCUUCAAACUGAAUUUAUCAAGUUGGUUUUUCUCCCUCCAAAUACGACCUCUGUGUUACAAUCUUUGGAUCAAGGUAUUAUUAAAGCAUUAAAAGUGAAAUUUCGGAAAAAACUAGUACUCAAAAUUAUUAAUCAAGAGGAAUAGGGAAAAUUUCAGUAUUAGAUGCAAUUUUAAUGAUUUCCGAUGCAUGGAAUGAUAUUUCUACCACUACAAUAAGAAACUGUUUCCACCACGCUGGAUUCAAGGCUUCGGUAAACGACGAAACAGAAAUAGUAAAUGAAAAUAAUUUGGACACAGGGUGCUUUUCUGAAGAAAACAUACAAAGUUUUGCGGAGUUUGACGAUGCUCUUUUGACCAACGAAGAACCUAAUGAAGAAGAAAUUUUCAAGUCUAUUUUGAAUGAAAAAAAUAAUGAUGAAAGUGAACAAGGUGGCGAAGAAAGCGAAGAAAUAGUAUUCAAAGUACCAUCUAUUUCGGAAAUGUAUUUUUAUAUUGAUCAGGUGCGUACUUUUGUUUCGGUAAACAGUGACAUAAAUACGCCAGAAGUAUCAAUGGCAUUAAAUAAUAUUUCUAAUUUUGUUAAAAAAUCAUAUUCUAAUUAUAAACAAACCACUAUUAAAGAUUAUUUUUCAAACAAAUCGUAA